AUGCCGGUCGACCCCUCCACGAAGUCCAAGCUGAAGAGACGCUCGAGUCGUAGGGAUAUCGAUGAGUUCAAAUUUGAUGGCACCCACGCGAGGGAGCUUGAAAUGAAAAGAAACAGAGGUGCGUCGUCUGCGCCUACGAAGAACAUGAAGAUCGCUGAGAAGGUGGCUGGCACAUCAUGGAAUAGGGGAGUUGUGCCGAAUGCAGGAGGUGCGAUCAUCGCUCCUUCAUUGCAACGAGGUCCUAAUUGA